GAGGCGGCGGCGCCUCUGCUCUGGCGUGCGCAGAGGGGCUCGUGGGCCAAGAGGGAGGGCCAGAGGAAGAGAGUUUCGUGCUAAUUUGCGGUCGUUUGAUUUAGUCCUGUAGGAACUUGUUUGUAAAGCUGCUUUAUGUGAGCGAGUGUCGAUUCGAAAAAACGGAGAAAGGAAAAGGGCCCGUCAUAACGCUUCACGGGUUUCUACAUUUGUGAGUCUUAAGAGGGCAUGUGUGGCUUCGUCGAUAACCGUAAGUGAAAUCGUGUUAAGAAAUGUCUUUGUAGAAGUAUAUUUUUUAUUAAAGUGUAUGUGGAGGAGAGGAAGCUCCUUUUCAUUUGCCUUUCGUCGACAUGAUGGGAGACGAUUGGCACUUCAGCGUUUUGUGUGCGUGCGCGCGCCCCCGCUCUGUGAAAUCCCUGUCAAUGCACCUUUUUUGUCUGCUGUUGCUGUCCUCGGCCGCCUCCAGUUCAGCCGAGGCGGAGCUCGUAAGCUUGGAAGGAAAGCAACAGACAGACGGUCGUAAUUCCAGGCAGCGCGAGAUGUGAGCUCGCCGCCCUGACCCGUGGCCGGGAAUGACUCUCCGCUUCUCCCGUAGGUGGACGCGACGCCCCUGGCCGAGGCCGCUGGCAGGGCCGGAGCGGCCGGGGAGGGCCACGUGGGCGCCCCUCGGAUGAGCGCUCAGUGGGGCGUGGCGGAGGGAGCGCCGUUUCCUGGCGAGGCCGCGGCCUUCGCCCCCCGAGGGACGGCGGAGCAGCCCCUACCGAGCCUGGACCGGGGGCGGCGGACGUUCCAGUGCCCCUACUGCCCCUACGCUAGCCGGCUCUCGAACAAUCUACGCACGCACAUUCGCGUGCACACCGGCGAGAAACCGUUCGCGUGCCCGCGCUGCCCCUACCGCACAGCGCACAGCAGCGACCUCAAAAGCCACGCCCGCAAGCACACGGGCGAGAAGCCGUACGCGUGCCCGCACUGCCCAUACCGCACGGCGCACAACAGCGCCCUCAAUGUGCACGUGCGCAACCACACGGGAGAGAAGCCGUUCGCGUGCCCACUCUGUCCGUUCCGCACGUGGAAGAACGGCGUCUUCAAGAACCACAUGAACUUGCACGCCGAGCGGCCGCAGCUCCGCUGAAGGGUGGGCAGCCGGAGGGCUCGUGGGGCCGACGCCCCGCGGCCUCCUUCGCCAGGGACAGGAGGCUCCCGAAGGUGCAAACGCCGUUUCUCCAUCUCUCUUUGGUCCCGAUGUGCAGGCGCUGGAGCCGGCGAGGUUUCUUCGGAAUUCGUACAUAU